UAGAAUCAAGAUAAAGAAAGUACGUUUCAACUAAUUUUUUUCCUUUUCUUUUACAACAAUCUACAUACGGCGUUCCGACUUUGAUACUCUUAGGUAUUAAGAGGGUUGGUGUCAAGUGGUCCUACUCAUCUCCCGAUUCAAGAUUCCAUCCAAUUGUGGAGGAAGGAGAAUAUAUGUGGAUGCAAUUAUGACUUAUAACAAGACCAUCACUCUCGAGGAUAGCCGUAAAUAUUGUUAUGAUGAGUUUUUUCUUUAUAAAUGGUCGACUGCCUAGCCAAUGCUGCGGAUAAACACACUCUGAACAAUAUCCUAUCAUUUCCCACGUUUUCUCUCAAAGAGCCACACAGCCCUGGCGAACCUAAAUCUUGAGUUUAAAUAUCAUUUCUAACUAACUACCUGCCUAGGUACCUACUAGGAAUAACGAUCCUCACGACCCGAGCUGCAAUCAUGUGUGGUGUACUCGGUCUAAUCUUGGGUCACGUCAGUGAUGAUCCCGAUUCGCCGUGUAAAGCUGCGGUAGCGCUUCAUGAAGCGCUCUACUUCUUGCAACAUCGAGGUCAAGAUGCCUGCGGCAUAGCGACUUGCGCUGCGGGUGGCCGCAUAUACCAAUGCAAGGGUAACGGAAUGGCCGCCAAAGUCUUCGCUGAUGGCAUGAGGGUUCAAGAUUUACCCGGUUCUAUGGGUAUCGGACAUCUACGUUACCCAACCGCAGGUACUUCGUCGAAUGCCGAGUCGCAACCAUUCUACGUUAACAGUCCUUAUGGCAUAUGCUUGGCUCAUAAUGGAAACCUCAUCAACGCCAUCGAGUUGCGCAAAUAUCUGGAUACAGUUGCUCACCGACAUAUAAACACGGAUAGCGACAGUGAGCUCAUGCUCAACGUGUUUGCGAACGAGUUGAAUGAAACAGGAAAGGCCAGAGUCAACACGGACGAUAUAUUCACCGCCUUAGCUCGAAUGUAUGAUCGCUGUUCGGGCGGCUGGGCUUGCACUGCUAUGAUUGCGGGUUUCGGUGUUCUAGGAUUCCGUGACUCUUACGGCAUCAGACCUUUAGUUCUUGGGGAGAAGGACUCGGAAACUCUUCCGGGCGCAAUAGACUACAUGCUCGCAUCCGAGUCUAUUGCCCUUCGCCAACUUGGCUUCCGUAAUAUUCGGGAUAUCUUGCCAGGCCAGGCUGUCUUCAUUCAGAAGGGUCGAGCACCUGUUUUCCAUCAGGUUCAGAAGCCGAAGGCUUACUCACCUGAUAUAUUUGAAUACGUUUAUUUUGCCCGGCCCGAUACAGUAAUGGAUGGUAUCAGCGUCCACGCUUCCCGACAGAGAAUGGGCUACAAGCUGGCUGAUAAGAUACGGGAACUACUCGGAGAUGAAGCUAUUAAAGAUAUCGAUGCCGUUAUUCCGAUUCCCGAGACAUCUAACACAGCAGCUGCAAGCGUUUCCGAGCGAUUGGGCAAACCCUACUGCCAAGGCUUUGUCAAGAAUAGAUACGUUUUUAGAACAUUCAUCAUGCCGCAACAAGGAGCUCGCCAAAAGGGAGUUAGGAGGAAACUCAGUGCUAUCCAAACUGAGUUCGAAGGUCGAUGUGUACUGCUUGUGGACGAUUCAAUUGUAAGAGGAACAACUAGUAAGGAGAUCGUGGCCAUGGCACGAGAGGCUGGUGCGCGAAAAGUAAUAUUUGCGAGCUGUGCUCCACCUAUUACCGCGCCGCACAUCUACGGUAUUGACUUAGCUAGUCCUACCGAACUAAUUGCUUCGGGCAGAGACCGUUUCGCUAUUGCCAAAAAUAUCGAUGCAGAGGAGGUAAUAUAUCAAGAUCUCGAUGAUCUUAAGGCGGCCUGUGCGGAGCUUGCACCACCAGAUGGGCCUACUCAGUUUGAGGUUGGCGUAUUCUGUGGCAAGUAUUGUACGCCGGUGCCAGAAGGUUACUUCGAGCACCUGAACCAGGUGCGCGGUACGAAACGAAAGCAUGCUACGCACGCAGAGAUUUCUAGCAGCGGCCCAACGAUAGUUUCGGGGGGUGGCCAGACCGGCGCUAAUGGCUUAACACCACAUGCCACGGCACCAGGGGAUGAAAAGGAGUCAGCCGAAAAGCUGAGAAAUGGUGCUAUCUCACCUUUAAUUCGGGAAGAUAUCAGUCUCCACAAUGUAGCCACCGACCCUGAGCGGCGAUGAUACUUCGUAUCACCUAUCUACAAGAGAUAGUAUAAGAUUAGCACUAGUUAUUUUUAAUCUACCAUGAUGCAGUGCUAUCUAAAUUGUCAACUUCAACAUGGUAUUCGUCUAGCUUAGUGUCUUAUGAAUAAUAGGC